CAGUCACGCUCCGAUUCGCCGGUGGCGGACUGGAUGAGCGAGAUGAGCAUUCUGGCGAGGUGGGCCCAGCCCAAGGAGGCCUUGCUCACUGACGUGCGGGCCCAGAGGGAUCAUCCGCGGAGCAACCACUUCCGGGCUUCCGGCAAGCAGGUCGAGAAUCUAGCGCGGACGAGCUCCAUCCGGUGCGGGAGGAGUUGGAUUUCUGUUGUGCGGGCUCGAUUCGGUGGCCCGACACGGCGACACCGCGAUCCUUCACACUCGCAUGGCGCCGCCGGGGCCUUCGCCUGCCGUCCCGGCGUGGGCGACGGCCAACGCCCUCUUCCGCCGCCACCGCCGCCUGCUGCCGCUCGUCCACCCCGCCGCCUCCCUCCGCGACCUCCUGCCCGUCCUGUCCCACUGCCUCGUCUCCGGCCUCGCCCGCAGCCCCUUCGUCGCCUCGCGCCUGCUCCUCGCGUCCUCCGGCCUAUCCCUCCCCUUCUCCCUCCUCCUCCUCUCCCAUCUCCCGGCCUCCUCCCUCUCCCCGUUCUCCUUCAACUCGCUCAUCCGCGCCUCCCCGCCCGGCCUCGCGCUCCGCCUGUUCGACCAGAUGCGCCGACUAGGCUUUUCCCCGGACACCUACACCCUCCCAUUCCUGAUCCACGCCUGUUCCGGCAGCGAUCCUCCGCUGUGCCAGUCUCUGCACGGGCAAGCCUUCCGUCUUGGCUACGGCGGCCACCUCUUCACGCAGACGGCGCUGAUGAACAUGUACUUUGUCUGCGGGUCAGUGCUCGCCGCUCGUAGGGUGUUCGAGGAAAUGCCGGCGAGGGAUGUGGUUGCAUGGACGGGCAUGGUCUCCCGUUAUGUAGACUCUGAGAUGUACCUGAAAGCAGUUGAGGUGUUUCAGGAGAUGAGAGGCGCUGGUGAUUCUGUGCGGCCUAAUGAGGCAACGGUGGUGUCAGUUGCCUCUGCCUGUGCCGGUCUGGGCUCGCUGGAGUACGCCAAGGGGCUGCAUUCGUAUGUGGAGAAGGUUGGCUUGGAGGGCGAGUUGAUUGUCAGGAAUGCAUUGAUUGACAUGUAUGGGAAGUGUGGCUGCAUUGAGUCAGCUCGGGGGUUGUUUUGUUUGAUGCAUGAGAAGGACCGGCAUUCAUGGACAGCAAUGAUUUCAGGACUAGCUUCACAUGGGCAUGGCAACGAAGCAGUUGCUUUGUUCUUCCGCAUGUUGGAAGCGGGAGUACGUCCUGAUUCGACUACCUUCAUCGUCGUUCUGUCUGCUUGUAGCCAUGCUGGAUUGGUGGAUGAGGGGAUACAUAUCUUCUAUUCCAUGGAUAGUGAGUAUCACAUCUCUCCAAGCAUCAAACACUAUGGCUGCAUGGUGGACCUUUUCAGCAGAGCAGGGCUUAUUCACCGUGCUUAUGAAUUCAUUAGGACAAUGCCUUUUGAACCAAACUUGGAGAUUCUUGGGGCCCUGCUGAGUGCAUGCAGUAUAAAUAAUGAAUUAGAGAUUGGGGAGCUCGUGCUCAAUAAGAUUGAGUCAGUCUGCUCAUACAAAGGAGGUGCUGGUGUGCUUCUGUCCAACAUAUAUGCUAACCAAAACCUGUGGCAGGAAGUGGAUACCAUUAGAAGGAAGAUAAGAACUGAAGCAAUUGCCAGGAAGCCACCUGGUCAGAGUUUGAUUGCAACAGAAGUUCCUUGCAUGAGUUUGUGAUUCGUAAUUUAGCAGAUUUACUUUAGAGGAGCUGCUGCUCCUGAUUUUGGACAGAUUCUGUAGGCCAGCUGAAAUGGAAGGUGUUGUUGUGGGAGAGUGAUCCCUUCGGACAACAGCUGUCUCUUCAAUGCUGCGGGAUAUGUGAUGGAGCACAACCGGAAUAAGGCUUCUGAGCUCAGACAGAGGCAACUUCUUCAACCAGAUAUUUAACAGCUCAGUAGCUCAGCAUUUCCUGUUAUGAUUUCGACUGUCUAAUAAAACAAGUUGCAUGGAAUGAUUUGCAAUAAUAUAGAAAUAUCUCAUCUAGAUGAGCAACUUGAUGUUAAUUCAGUUCAUAUAUUUAAAUAUUUUUUCAGGGCUGCUCUCAUGUCAUGUGUUGAUUGUCGAACGUGAUGACAUUUGUUCGAUCCAAGAGCAUGUCAAUAUGUUGAGUUCCUUAUUUAGUCAACUGAACGAAUUUAAUGGUCUUCACAAACUUUACGUGAUAUAUGAUGGUUCACCCACUGUGUUAUUUACAUCAAACCAGAACCGUGACAAUUGAUAGCCUUAGCCUUAGUAGACCUAUGAAGUUCUAUUUGUGCCCAUGUGUUGUUGUUGUUUUUACUCUUUAGCUGCAAAAUUUCAUGUACGGAAAGCAAUAUGCAUGUGUUAUCGCCAUCUUGAGGCCUCGGCCGGUAUAUAUAAGAGUACAAGGCUUGGGGUGCAAGGCAACCCCACCGGAUAUGUAUGGCAGUCCGGAUACAAUAUCUAAACUACCAAAUAUACUCUAACAUCCCCCCGCAGUCACAGCGGGAGCACUGCAGACGGUGAGACUGGAGAAGAAGCCGAAGGUAGGAACCGACGGACUGACACCCCCCCCUCCCGCCCGCAGUUGUAGCGUCGGCGCAAUGCGGAUGCUGCGACUGGAGAGAACCGGCGAGAAACUCAUGCGGAUGGUAGCCCUUUGUGCCGAUGUCGAAGAAGCCGAACUGGAGCAAGUAGCCGUGGUCGAGGAAGUUGUGCGUAGGGUAGCCGUGGUCGAUGGUGAGCUGUCGAGGUCGCCGAUGGUAAGGAGCCGCACAGGAAGCCGCGGGCGCACGAGGAAGCGCCAUGGUGGAGGCGUAACGGAGACGACGCCGGAGAUGAAGACGGCGACGCGUCGAGGCAGUCGAAGAGAGAGUUGAUGCCGCAGUCGAUGCAGACACGCCAUCGAGCGACACAUCCCCGGGUUUGCCAGACCCGUGAAUGCAUCGGGGACGAUGGCACGCACCGGUGUUGCCAAGACCGGACGUGCAAGGGAGAGUGCACCACCAAGACGCCGUUGUCUGAGGGACCAGCAGAGAAGGCCUCCACGACGGUCGCAGGCGCAGAAGAACGGCGAGGAAGAAGAUGCCGAUGCAGCCCGCAGUUGCUGGAGUAGACGAUGGGGUAGAAGUGGACGGCGACGAGGUGGUGCUGGACGAAGCGACGAGGUAACCCCCGACGAUCUGGCGCAAGGCCUGAUGAACCGAAGGACGCGGUGGCGGAGCUCGAAGAAGGCGACGAAGAACUCGAACAGCUCGGUGAAGACCAUGUGCGCGCAAGGCGUGCACUGACGUAGUCGUAGACGAUGUCGAAGAUGCGGUCGAAGUGGCCGGCGUGGACGAAGUCGAGGACGUAGUCGGCAGCGGUGAAGAUGCAACAACGAGGAACACCACGGACGGUACCGCUGCUGCCCGAAGAGGCGAAGCAGCAACCACCCUCCAUACUCGAGGAAGAGGCGCGCAAUACGAUGACGGACGUCACGGGAGCCAGGUGGAUCGCGCACUUCGGCUGAUCAGACCAAGUAUGUGUGAGGCGAGACGACGAUGGGCGAAGUCGGUGGAGGCGUCCCGAUCGGUGGAGGCGACGACGAGCCAGCGAAGAUCGACGUGCGGACGAGGCGACGAGGUGGGCGGCACAGAUGGGCGUCCCCUAGGGCACCGUCCAUGUCGCUAUGCCGCACAGUCGAAGACGAAGAAGAGGCCGGUGAAGUCGAUGCUGAUGUCGAAGUAGAGGCGUGCGGUCGACGGGCGGUAGACGACUCAAUCUCGAGCAGUGCUCGAGUAAAAAACAGAGGAAUUACCAAAAAAACAAACCAACAGCAGCUCGUGUAGCACCUCUGGGUGCGCGUAGCGCAAUCCUCUCAAUCUCCUCUUUUUGUUUCUCUCCCGUCACGGUCAACGACCGCAUCUGAAGCGGAAGAAACAGAGUGAGAGAGAGGGACGGCGGACGACGAUGAGGGAGGCGGGCGGGCGGCUCCCUGCGGUGGCGCUGGAGGUCCUGCGCCGGGCGGCUCCCCGCCGAGACGGGCCGCGGAGGGGCUCCGUACAAGACUUGGGGUGCAAGGCAACCCCACCGGAUAUGUAUGGCAAUCCGGAUAUAAUAUCUAAACUACCAAAUAUACUCUAACACAUCUUUUUUUACUAUCUGGACUCACCGUAAUGUUGACAUUGCUAAUAUUUCUUCCCUGUUUGCUCGAAGGUAGCAGCAGCAGUUGUUAGUGAUCCUGAACUUCAAUGAAGCCUUUCUUCGCAAACCAAGUGAAGUAUACUGUGCUUGGAUUUUGGGGUCUCAGAAGAGGGGAGAUGUAAUAAUUCUCAUGUUUGUUGCUCACGGUGGCGCUCCACAGCUGGAUUAGCUCUGCAAAAUCUGGUUCCAUGUCUAGGAUUAUCACUUUGAGUGAGGCCCAAUUGUAAGCACAGUUGACCUCGAUCCAAAGACAUGACAGGGGAUUGGUUCUCUGAAACAAUUUUCCAGAUCAGCUCGCCUUGCGUUCAUGGCUACAUCAUUACAAAUUCAAUCUAAAACGUGCACCAUGGCUUCCCCUGCAACAAAAAAGCCCGAUGAGGCCUAUAUAUACUGCCAUCUUUUGUCAUGCUUCUUGUUCUAGGAGGCUGGAGCCUUGGGGCAAGGAACGGCCAAAGGUGAAACCGUGAAAGGUUGUCGUAGCCUUGUAGGACGCUGAGGCUCUGGUCUGGUGGUGGGCACCCGCACGCAAUGUGAGAGGCGCUUGCUUGCGGGAUCGGAUUCGCGGUCGCGCGCCGUCCCACACCCAGCCAGAUUGGGUGCUCCGACCUUGGACUCGCCCGCGGGGCAGAUCGCCUCAGCCCUCAGGCCGUGGCUCUUCGCGUUGACAAAGAGGCCUUCUUUCGCUUUCGCGUUGUCCGAUCCGGACACGUAGCGAGAGAUAGAUUUCUCCGGCAAUCGUAGCUUCGAGCUACUCCGUAACACUUGUCGCUGUCUUUCUGGUUGUAGGGCCUCACGGUAUCAAUUUUUGAGGUUCCUGGUAGCUGUUUCAAGAUUUUAGCUACUAGUACUAGUCUCUAUCUUCAGACAUGCAGUGUCUAGUUUGCAUGGAGUCAACACAUGUUUUUGGAAAUGGCAUGACUGGAUUUGUUUUGAGGAGCAUUCCCAGAAUAUCAUGACUUCGCUAUAUCUAGUAAAAAGUGAUCGAAACAGGCAACAACAGUGCCUUGGUGGU